AUGUUUCGCUUUCCUAUCCCCCCUUCUCUCCAAAAGUCCCUCAGCGCUACAAAGGUGGAAUAUGUCAAACUAGGCAAUUCCGGCUUAAGAGUCUCAUGGCCAAUUCUGGGAGCAAUGUCAUUUGGUGCUUCUCCAAUGGCUGCAUGGCUUUUAGAUGAAGAGGCAGCCUUCAAGGUCCUAGAAGCCGCUUAUGACUGCGGAAUUAAUACGUGGGACACAGCUAAUGCAUACUCUAAUGGCCUGAGCGAGGAAAUUAUUGGAAAUUUCAUUAAGAAGUUUGAGAUUCCGAGAGAAAGGGUCGUCAUCAUGACCAAGUGCGCUUUCCACGUUGGUGAAGAGCAGGAUGUGAUUGGGGCAGUGUUUUCAGAGCAGUUGAACCAGAGCAAGGACUAUGUGAACCAGGGAGCAGGGUUGACACGCAUGGCAAUUUUCAAGGCAGUCGACGAUUCACUCGAACGACUCGGCACGAAAUAUAUCGAUCUCCUACAAAUUCAGCGCUACGAUGCCUCAACUCCCCCGGAAGAAACAAUGAAAGCCUUGCAUGACCUUGUCCAGGCCGGCAAAGUGCGCUACCUUGGUGCAAGCUCGAUGUGGGCAACGCAAUUCGCCCAGCUGCAGUUUAUCGCUGAAAGGAACAACUGGACAAAAUUUAUCAGCAUGCAGAAUUACUAUAACCUCUGCUAUCGUGAGGAAGAGCGUGAGAUGAAUCGUUUUUGCAAAGAGACUGGUGUUGGUCUUAUUCCAUGGUCUCCCCUGUAUGCAGGGCGUCUGGCACGUCCAGUAGGAUAUGACAAGUCAGCUCGUUCAAAAAGACCAUCACCACACCAUCCUAGUAUCACAUCUAAUGAUGAAGAGAUCAUUAAUCGAGUAGAGAAAAUAGCUACCAAAAAUGGAUGGAAAAUGAGCGAAGUUGCUUUGGUAUGGCAUAAGCGCAAGGGAACAGUGCCUAUUGUGGGAUUUAAUUCGAUCGAGAGAAUCGAGGAAGCUGCCGGUUUGCGCGGUAAACUGUUAACAGAUGAGGAUAUUGCCUAUCUGGAAGAGCCCUAUAUAGCUAGACCAGUAGCCGGGCAUUCUUGA